UGGUUGCCCCAUUCUCGGCCAUGGUCCCUUUGGUUCUGCUGCUGGCGGCCGCUCUGCCCCAUAGCUCCAGUUCCCUACUGGACCUGGACUCAGCCCUGGUGUUCACUGGUGACCCCAAUGGAGCCUUCGGCCAAUCCGUGGCCCAGUUUGGCCCCAUUGACGAUGGAUGGGUCCUUGUGGGGGCCCCAUUGGAGCGAGGGGCAAACGGGAGCAUCCAUCGGUGCCGGUACCGAACUGGGACCUGCCAGGAGGUGACCAUAAGGGGCCCCCCAGGUGCCAUCAACGCAUCCAUGGGUCUGACCCUGACCAUUGGGGACAAUGGGGCCUUGGCCUGUGGCCCCACAUUGCCCCACACUUGUGGGGAGAACAUCCACCUCAAUGGGUUCUGUGCCCUCCUGGACUCCAACCUCCACCAGCUCCAGCUCAUCCCAUUGACCCCACCAGAUUGCCCCAAGCGCCCCACGGAUGUGGUUAUCCUUAUGGAUGGGUCAGGGAGCAUCAGACCUCAGGACUUCCAGACCAUGAAGAGCUUCAUAGGGGACGUCAUAAAGAGGUUCAAGGGGACGGACACACAGUUUGCCCUGUCCCAGUUCUCCCACAUCAUCCGGCACCAGUUUGACUUCAAGACCUUCCGGAGCUCCCCAGACCCCAUAGCACUUGUGGGGCAGGUGCAGCAGCUCAAGAGGUCAACCCAUACAGCCACAGCCAUAUGGACUGCGCUGACGCAGCUGUUCACAGCGGCCAGAGGAGCUCGGGAUGGGGCCACCAAGGUCCUGAUCGUGGUGACUGAUGGGAGGAAGUUUGAUGAUGGGAUGGACUAUGAGGACGUGAUCCCAUUGGCUGAGAGGAUGGGGGUGACCCGAUAUGGGAUUGGGGUGGGCAGUGCCUUCCAGGACCCCCAGGCCCUCACGGAGCUCAGGUCCCUGUCGUCGUCCCCCCCCCAGGACCACGUGUUCCAGGUUGGUUCGUUCCAGGCUCUCCAUGGGCUCCAGCGCCUGCUCCAGGACCGGAUCCUGGCACUGGAGGGCACUGGGGGGGGGGCUCAGGCCCCCAGUAUGGAGAUGGCUCAGGAGGGGAUCAGUGCACUGCUCACACCGGAAGGACCCAUCCUGGGCGCUGUGGGUGCCUAUUCCUGGGCCGGAGGCGCCUUCCUCUAUGGGGCCAAUGGGGCCAAUGGGGCCAAUGGAGCCAAUGGGGCCAAUGGGGCCAAUGGAGCCAAUGGGGCCAAUGGGGCCUAUGGGGCCUAUGGGGCAGGCACCUUCCUCAAUGCCUCCGAUGGCGACAGUGACUCCUACCUGGGGUACUCCAUGCAGGCCCUGUCCCUGCCAUGGGGCCGGGCGCUGGCACUCGGGGCCCCCAGGUACCACCAUGUGGGGCGCGUGGUCCUCCUGCAGCCCCAUAGCGGGGAGGUGAUGGGACAGACUAUGGGGACACAGGUGGGCUCCUACUUUGGGGCCUCCCUGUGCCCCCUGGACCAGGAUGGGGACGGGACCCACGACCUGCUGCUCGUCGGGGCCCCCAUGUUCUAUGGGGCCAACAGCGGCGGCCGCGUCUUCAUCUGCAGCCUCAGGGGCAAGACGCCCCUCCCCCCCCGGUGCUCCCCCCCCCUCCGGGGUCAGCCGGGUCACCCCCAGGGCCACGCCCCUCCCCCCCCGACGCCCCUCCCCCCCCGGUGCUCCCCCCCCCUCCGGGGUCACCCGGGUCACCCCCAGGGCCGCUUUGGCUCCGCCCUCUGCCCCCUGGGUGACCUCGACGGGGACGGGAGCCCCGAGGUGGGCGUGGCCGCCCCGCACGAGGGGGGCGGGGCCGGAGCCGUCUACGUCUUCAGGGGGCGGAGCCUCGGGGAGGAGGCGUAUGCGCAGCGCAUCACAGGCUCCUCCUUCCCGUCGGCCCCUCCCCUAUUGGGCCAGGCCCUGAGCGGGGGGCGGGACCUGAGCGGUGAUUGGCUCCCGGAUGUGGCCAUCGGCGCCAGGGGUCAGGUGCUGGUGCUCAGGUCCCGCCCCCUCCUCCGCCUCCGGGUGCUCAUCUCCUUCACCCCCCCCCGGGUUCCCCUCUCGUCCAUUGGCUGCCAUGAACCUGAGACCCCCAAGGGGGUGGCCAAGGCCGAGGUCUGCAUCAGAGCAUCCAAGGGGAGACCUGAUGGCUACGGCUCCCAGGUGUCCACCACCCUCCGCUAUGGGGCAGAGCUGGACCCAGGCCGGAGCUCAGCUCGUGCAGUGUUCCCGGAUGGAGCCACUGUCCUCAAUGGGAGCAUCCGGAUGGGGCUGGGCCAGAGCUGCCAGGUCUACCCCAUAGCACUGGCUGGCUGCCCAAGGGACACACUAACCCCAGUGCUGUUGAGGUUCAGCUUCGAGGCCAUUGGAGAUGCUCUGGAUGGAGCUGGAGGCCUCAGGCCAGGACUGAGCUGGGACACGGAGACGGUGGCAGAGGGGAAGCUUCCCUUCAACCUCAACUGUGGCCCCGACCACGUCUGCAUUGACGACCUCCGUGUGUCCAUCAACAUGUCCGGGCCGGUGCUGUUGGGGGUCAGCGAUGGGGUGGACGUGGUCCUGGCCCUAUGGAACUAUGGGGAGAGCUCCCCCGGCCCCAUAGUGGAGCUGCAGCAUCAUCCAGUGCUGGCCUAUCGCAGAGUGAGGCUGCUGCAGGCCUCCGGGAGCCCCUCCCCCCCCCUCUGCCGCUCGGAGCCCGGAUCGCGCAUGCGCAGGAGCACCCGCUGCUCGCUCCGCCCCCCCCUGCUGCCCGCCGGACAUCACGUCACCUUCGUGGUCACCUUGGACGUGCCCCUUGAUGCUGAACUGGGACCAGUGCUGGAACUGGUGGCCAAGGCCAAUAGUGACUCUUCGGCACCAGAGCCCCCAGAGGAACGUGUCCAAGUCCCAGUGAAGAUUGGGGUUCACUUGAGCAUCAGCAGCUCCUCCUCCAACCCCCCAUCGGGCCCAUUGAUCCAUCACUACGAGGUGAAGCUAUGGGGCCAACGAGGCCUCCCCAUCAACGUCACCUUCCUGGUACCCACAGCAAUGGGGGGGAACCAGCUAUGGGGCAGCCUGGAGCUGACCCACAGCCAGGACCCCAGUCGGUGCCAGGCGGUCGCUGAGCAUCCCCCGAAGGACCCGGAUGGAACCAGGAGCCUGAGACAGCGACACCUGCUGGACUGUGCUGUGGCCUCGUGUCGGGAGUUCCGGUGCCAAAUGGGCCCCAUAGAACCCCCCCAAGUGCUUCGGUUUGGGGUCGGGGGGGGGGAACCUGCUAUGGGAUGGAUGAAGGAGGUGAGAAAUGGGGAACUAUGGGGUUCCUAUUGGCUCUAUUGGGCUCUAUGGGGUGGUCUCUGGGGGGCUAUGGGGGGGCUAUAG